AUGGCCGCCUUGCCGUCGCCAGUCACCACAGCCUGUGGCCAUUGCCAGCAGCCGCAGCGCGGGCUUCGCGACAACCACGGCGACGUCAGGAUCGCCUCAAGGAUAUCGUCGUCGUGGCGGCAGCGACACCGGUGCCGGCCGCGCUCUUGGUGUCGAGUGGCUGACCUAUCUCCCGAAAAGGCCGGCUCGGGCAAUGCAUCAGACGGCGAUGGGAUCGAUCAGCAGGCGGCGGAAUCCCUCGGCAAGUCCCCCUCCGCCUCCGACCUCGCCGCGCUGCAAGCCACAGCAUCUCGCUCUGCCGAUGACCUCCUCGACGUGCCGCCCCCGCGCAGGCCGCCGCCGUCCGGCCGGCCGCCCUCCCUCGGCCUCCGUCUCGCAGCGAAGCGCUCCUCCCUGCCUUCAUCAGGGCCCCGCCGCUCCGCGUCCGCGGCUGCGGUGCUCGCGGUGCAGGAUCAGGCCGGUGGUGAGCCAACGGUGGAGGUGGUGUCCGAGGUGAAGCCAGAAGCAGAUCGUGGGGAUCGCGAGGACGGUAAGGGUGUCGCUUCCGGGAGCGGGAGCGAUGAGGACUCAGAUGGAUCAGGGAGCGACGACUCGGAGGAUUCCGAGGAGGAGAGGCGGAGGGAGGAGGAGAGGAGACGGCGGCGGGCUGAGCGGCUUGCGGCCAUGGCUGCACGCGCUAUUGCUGAGCGCGAAGAGGCUGUUGCGAGGCUCGAGGGGGAGAAGGCCGGGCUUGAGAAGCUGCUCGCCGAGCGUGAGAAGGAGCAGGCGCAGGAGGCUUCAGAGUUGCAGACUAGUAUGAUCGAAACAAUGGAAGCAGUGGAGAUAGAGAAACAGAGACAUCAUAGCACUAGAAUGGAAGCCCUUGCACGAUUGGCUAGACUUGAGGUUACAAACGGUGAGCUUGCAAAGUCACUUGCCAGGGAACAAUGGAAUCUGGAAGUUCAAGUUGAUCAAGUGGCGCAGCUUCGAGAGGAAGUUGAAUUGAAGAAACUUGCUCAAGAUAAAUACAGAAGAAAGCUAGCAAAGAUACAAAAGACAAGUGCCCCUCUGGUUGAUGAAAUAGAAUCUUUGAGAAGGUUCAAGCUCCAGGAAGAAAUUAUUGAUGCAGAAUACGCUCUGAUAUGUGACAGAAUUGUGAGCUUGAAGGACAAGGCAAGGAAGAUUGAAGAAAGCAUUGAGCUGACUAGAAGAGACAUGGUUCAUCCUACAGAGGUGGAAACUGAGCUCAAGAAGAGGCUUGAUCAACUUACUGAUCGGUUGAUUCAGAAACAAAUGCAGGUUGAGUCCCUAUCUUCAGAGAAGGCAGCUCUGUUAAUGAGAAUCGAGGCAGUCACAAGGUUGCUUGACAAUAGCGCCUCAUCAUUAGCUUCUUCAAGCUCAUCAAGAUUGGACAUUGAAGCUGGUGCAUGGCAACAAUCACAUUCACCAAAGCUUGGUGACAGGAUAAGGGCUGGACAACAGCAACUGGGAUCUGCAAUCCGACAGCUUGAUUCGAUCUUCUCAGCCGGGCAUAUCUUUUUGAGGCGGAAUCCAAAGGCCCAGGUUGGGGCCUUGGUGUAUCUAGUAUGCCUUCACUUAUGGGUACUGUACAUACUAACAUCACACCCAACGGUGUCGGAAACUCGCCCUGGGGCAACCUUUUCUUUGGAGACAUUAAACAAGACUAGCAAUUGA